CAAGAAAAAACAAAUAUUACACUUUAUAACCUUGUCCAAGAUUUUCAGUAAUAUUCAAGUUUAAGUGAUUUAUAAUUAUCUGAUCAUAUAUAGUUUCAUCAAAUGGCUGCUUCUGGUUUUGAAGGAUUUGAGAAGAGGCUGGAGCUACACUUCUCCGGCGAUGAUCCGGUGAUCGGAAUGGGUGGUCUCCGGCAGGUUGACUUUUAUUCCUUAGAGGAAGUAUUACAUGCUGUGCAGUGCACCGUAGUAUCAGCUGUUGGUAACCAAUAUUUUGAUUCUUACGUACUAUCAGAAUCAAGCCUUUUCGUCUACCCCACAAAAAUAAUCAUCAAAACAUGUGGGACCACUCAGUUGUUAAAAUCUGUCCGUCCAUUUAUCCACUAUGCAUGCGAAAUUGGGCUUAUUGUAACAGAGUGUAGGUACACUAGAGGAAAUUACAUUUUCCCAAAAGUCCAACCUUACCCCCAUACAAACUUCAAAGAAGAAAUUAUUUACUUACAAGACCAAUUACCUAAUCAUCUUUGCUACAGAAAAGCUUCUGUUAUGCCUUCAAAAUUCACUUCACAUUCUUGGCAUGUAUUUUCUGCUAGUUGUGACAAGUGUUACUCACUUCCCAUUUCGAACGAUUUGUACUCGGUGGAAAUUUGCAUGACGGAUCUUGACCGGGUACUUGCCCGGAAGUUCUUUAAACAUCCGGAUACUACCGGAAAACAGAUGACGGAGAUAACCGGAAUCGGAGAUAUUAACUCAAAUGCAUUGAUUUGUGACUUUGCAUUUGAUCCUUGUGGAUAUUCCAUGAAUGGUAUUGACGGAGAUCGUUACUCUACAAUUCAUGUAACGCCAGAAGAUGGUUUUAGUUACGCGAGUUUUGAGUGUGUGGGGUCCAUUUACGAUGAUCGUGAUGACAUUGUUAAGGUUUUGAAGAAGGUGGUUCAGGUUUUCCGACCAGGGACGAUGUCCGUGUCGAUCACGUGUACGAGCAGCAGUGAGAUUUGGAGCAGAAUUUUUAAAGCCGUAGAGCCUCUUGGGAUGAAACGCCGGAGUUGCACGGUUGAUGAAUUCCCUGCUGCAGGAACUGUGGUGUUUCAAACUUUUACGUCCACCAGGAAAUAGGUGAAUUGUAUGAUGAUGAUCAGAUUUCAGGAUUUGAAAGUUUUAAUAUUGAACUCAUUAUAUUUUAAAAUUAUGGGUUCAUAAUACAAUAUUUAUUAAAAUUUCAGUAAAUUUUUAUACAUAUAUAUCUAUGUUCAGCUAUAAUUAUUAAUUUCAUACGAACCCAUAAAUUAUAAGCUUCAUCCGCCUUUGGUAUUGGUAUGCUAUGUGUGGCGGCAACGGCUAUGGUUGGUGGUAGUGUCACGGUGGUGUAAGUGUGGAAGAUAUUUAGGAAAGUAUAUGGUGGAAGUUAAGUAGGGGAUCCGUCUUUUUAAUGUAUUAUUUCUUAGAGUUAAGUAGGGGAUCCUUAGUAUAUGGUGAAUAUUGAUGCAUGGGGUAAUGCAAUUGCAUUGGAUUGGAUGUGAGCUUUGACUAGUGUAGUUUUGUUAAAAGUGUUGAGAAAUGGAUGAAUGGGAAAUGGUGUAGUUGAUACAUCAUGAUAAUGCAACCCACUUAUGUUUGUCCCGCCUAGAGAGAGAAUUUUGAUCAAAUUCCCUCUUUUGUGUCAUGUAGUGGUGGAUAUAUAACUGUAAGAAAAAAAAAGGAGGCAUGAACCUUCUACGUACAAUCUCUUUAGUUUUCA